AUGUCCGAUAAAUUAUUAAAUGUUGAUUAUAGUAAUAUGCUUGAUACCGGUGAAUUAUCUGAUACCGAAAUAUUAGUUGGGGAAGGACUUGACUCCAAAGUAUUUCGUCUACAUUCUUUUGUAUUAAAAAUUAGAUCGCCUUACUUUCGUAUCGCUUUGUCAGAAAAAUGGGUUCAAACUAAAAAUGACAUCAUAAAACUUCAAAAACCAAAUAUUCCGGUUGAAAUUUUUGAUAUUCUUGUCGAGUAUAUGUACUCCGGGACUAUCAAACUUACAAGACAAGAUACCAGUACGAAUAUUGCACUGUUGAUUGCAGCUGAUGAUUUAUGUCUUAAUGACUUAUGUUCAUACAUUGAAGAAGAGCUUCUUAAAUAUAAAGAGUCGUUAAAACACAACUUUGUCCUUAUUCAUCAAGUCACAAAUCAAUACAGUCAAUUUACAAAAUUAUUCCAGUUCCAUCAAGAUGCCUUUCAAAAAGAUCCUUCUUUAAUUUUCAAAGCAAAGGAUUUCACAACUAUUAAGCAAGACGUGCUUCUUGAUAUAUUGGAAUCUAAUCAUUUAUUGAAACCAAUUGAAGUCUGGGACAAUCUUAUAGAGUGGGCAAUUGCACAAACGAAUGGAUUACCAUUGGAGAUCACAAAGUGGACCGCUGACAAUGUUUCUACUUUUGGGAACAUCAUUCAACCAUUUAUCUCACAUAUUGAUUUUAAAGAAAUUCAUCCUUCUGAUUUCUUUCAAAAGAUUAAACCCUUAAAAGACAUUUUUGAUAUUGAAUUUUAUGUUAAACUCCUUGAAUAUUAUUCUUUUUAUGACAAUAGUCAUUCAAGACAUAAAAUGAGUGUUGAUUCUAAAAUUAUUAAUUCCGAACAAGCCUAUUUGCUUGCUAAUUUUAUUAAAAUAAUGAAAAGAGACGUCCUUAAUACUUUUAUGAAAUUUGAGUUGCUUGUACGAGGAAGCAGAGAUGGUUUUGAUGUUAAAACUUUUCAUGAAAAUUGUAGCAAUAAAGGACCAACCAUAACUAUUGCUUGCGUUAAAGGUACUAAUGAAAUACUCGGAGGAUUUAAUCCAAAUGGUGUUUACCCUUACCUUAAUUUUCCAUUUGGAACGCUAUCUGUAAGCGUGAAAGCUUUUUAUCAUGAUUUUAAAUGUGAUAUAGAAAGUUUCAUUUUUUCAUUAGAUAAAAAUAAUCUAGAAAAUUACAUUUUUAGUAAAAAAAGAGUUCCAAUUUGUUCCAUGGAUAAUGGACUGGAGUUUGGCGAGUCGGAUCUACGUUUACUCCUCAAUUCCACCAACAAAGGAAUAUGCUAUAGAAAUAGUUACGAAAAGUUAAUUAGAAACUAUGAGGGAACUUUUGAAAUAAGUGAUUAUGAAGUUUAUCAAGUUCAGUUUACCUCGAAAAAAGGGUUUUAG